AUGCAAGAGAUUAUCCAGCCUCAGGCGCGAGGGCGCUCCAACAGCUUACAGCGCAUGCUGGACCUGGAGAAGAAGCUCAAUUUCCAACGAACCCACCAAGGCUCUGUGCCUCCAUCUCCCACCGUUACAGAUAGCUCUGUUCCUCCAAGCCCCGGCUUUGCUCCUCGCCGCUUUGAAUUGGUGCCAAAGGACAAGAAAGUCCCUCCUCCAGUCCGAAACUACAAUGCCGUGCCUCCGCCACUCUUCUCCUCCCACACAGCUCCCGCGCGAGCUGAAUCACCCAAUGUGAUACAGCGAAAACCAGUCGGACAAGGCGCCUCUCGCUCCUCUUCGAGGGAAGCCUCCACAACCGACCUCACAGCAGAUAAGCACACACAAAAGACGGUGGCUUUCAUGUUCCCCCCAGACGUUGAGGAGCAGCGCUCCGUCUGUCAAUCCCCCACAUGGGAGGCCUAUGACCGACGAAAGAAGGAGAAGAAGGAAGAAAAAAAGAAGGAGAGCGAGAAGAAGAAGGAAGACGAUAAGAAAAAGGAACAAGAAAAGGAGCAGGCCAUGAAUGAGGCCCUCGAGGAGGCCUGGAAGAAUGCCCCCAAGCCUCGUGGUAGAAAGCUGACCAAGCACCAUCCUCCGCCCUCUCCCAGCGUCUUUGCCUCCCAAGGUCGAAGCAUGACCGAACCCACGCGGCCCGCGACGCAGAAGCGGCGAUCUCGAUCCUCCAGCUUGUUGGGCUUCUCCAUCGGGAGGAACAACGACGAGCCCGAAGAGCCCCGGAGCCAUCGCCGCUCCAACUCGCUCACAUCCCUCUUCCGCAGCUCAUUCGAGAUUCGACGAGCUUCAUUCGACGAGACCAGCUCCACCGGCUUCCUCGGAGGCGUCAAGCUGGAGAAGAAGAAGGAGGACUUUCAUCAAAAGGUCCUCGAGGACCAAGCAAAGGGCAACAGCAAGGUGCAUCCCGCUCUACGAAAAUCGUUUCUUGGCCACGGCUCAUUCACACCUCUCAAGACCAACCCCCAGCAGACCAAAGAGGCAGACGCCCAGCGCAGGGCGUACCCGCCCAUUUCGAUCAACACGGCCGCUGCGAGAGGUCACCCGAUGAAGCCCGCCAAGUCGCCUCAGCGAAGAGGCUCCGUCAACAUUUACCUAUGGAGUGCGCGCGCUAAGCGAAACUCUGCUGCAUCCGAGUGUGCUGUGGCUGAUGAUACAGAAGAUGAAGAGGAGCAGAACCAGGUGCACACGCCAGAUAGCGAGGUCCUAUAUAACAAGGCUCAGGGCCUUACAAGGAGGGGAUGCGUUCACAUCAAGAACGGCUCACACACCGUGUCUGACCAGAAGUCUGUAAAGAGCCAUGAGGAUCUCAAGGCUCGUACUCAGAGUGAGAGCAGUCAGGCUAGACCGGUGAGCGCCGAGAGCAGCCAGAGCCAGAAGAUGAAGGAGAUUCCGCCCCUGAGGAUCAAGACCCCCAAGGUCACCGAGAAACCUGCUCCGGAGGAGAAGACGACCGUCUCAAAGCCGCCGGUUGUGCCACUGGCAAUUCCCCGUCCUCGACGGGCAUCCGCCACUUCCACGUCAACUGCACCUGAGCCUCCGCGAAAGAGCUCCAAGAGGAACUCUCUGAUCUUCCUGACCCGACUCCAAUCGCACUCGCCACAAGAUGACCCCUCGAGCUCCAAGAGCAGCUUUGGCUCACCCAAGGAUAAGAAGUCUAUGGAGUCGAGCAGGUCAUCCAAGUCCUCCAAGCACAACCCGCCUAGCAUCCGGUAUGAGCACACCUCAGCCGGCGAGCGCCCCAAGCCCAUCACUGCGGAGUCUUCGCCAGCCGUGAGCACAAAAUGGACCCUUAGAGAGGCUGCCAAGAGUGCUUUCAGCCGUGGACACUCGUCCCAUGGAUCUGUCUCUCGUCCCUCGACGGCCAACGUCUCGCCUGAACCUCCAACCGACUCUCCCAAGACUGACUCGUCAACUCCCAUCAUGUCGAAUAGUCAGCCUUAUAGGGGGCUGAACAUCAGUGGCGGCGUUCCUCUGGACGCUACUCACAGCACUCGACAUGCGAACAAGCAUCUUUCUCCGGCAAUGUCUUCUCCAACUUGUCGACCUACGACGAGCUCUUCAGAUUCGUCCUACUCGGACGCCAUUCAAUCUGUAUCCCCCCUCAGCACACCACACACCACUCCUCCUCAGUCUGAGAUGGGUCAUUCCCCCAGUUUGGCGACUAUCAAGCCCGUGCUACCACCACCAGCAAACCACGGGUACGAACAGGUCAGCCCAUACUGGUCAUACACCAACUCGCCACAGCUUCUCCCCACCGACCGAUUCGAGCCUUCUGAUAUCAGCAGCUCAGAGGCAGAGGCCGAUCCUAUUCAGGAGGCCGCAAACAGGGUGAUGGAAGCAUUCUCGAAUGCCAACCUCCGAAGCCCAACCUUCCAGCGCAAGAGGUCGGACCUCAACUCUUCGGCUGAGACCAGCUUUGCUUCAUCCCCGACGCAGCUGCACCCCCCUCUGAAGCACAAGGACAGAAGCAAGGCUCGAAUCCGAUCUCCUGUCAACCCUCAAUCCCCGCGUUUCGAUCGCGUGGGCAGUCCGCUACGAGGUCAUAGGCCGACCCUCUCGGACCCCGAGGCAUCGAUCAAGACGCUCCGCCACAGGACCAACCUGGAGCACCAGCAGCCAGGCGAGCCCGUGGCCAAGAUGUUUGUCGAGUGCUGCGAGUGCAAGUACUACCACGACAUGCCGAGCAAGCUCUACGAGGCCAUGUCCAACCCGGAUGCUGUGCUCUCGUCGACGGACCAGCUCGGCUUCGCAGGCAGCCUUUCCAUGACGGUGCGGUGUCCGUGGUGCAAGCACGAGAUGAGCACCAAGUGCUGCGCAGGAUUCGCGGCUAUGGUAUACAUCAAGGAGAGAUUCCACUGA